AUGGCGGAGAUGAUGGAGGACGGUCCAGACUUUCGGAUUUCCCGUCAAAGGGAACGAGAAUUGGACAAGCUCAGCAGGGGUAUGGUGCGCUUCCUGCGUCACGACCCAUCCGUUGCCCAGGACCCCGCAGGCUGGGUGCCGUUGCCGUCACUGCUGGAGAAUCUGCGAUGGACGGCGGCCCUGCACGAGGUGCAGUGGAUAGUGGACAACAACAACAAGGUGGGAGGCCAUUCAGCAGUCGGGCGAGCUGCGCAAGAUGGGUCGUACCCACAUACACUUCGCCACGGCUGGUGUGCACCUGCGAAAGAAUCGAUGGGCCACCGUCUUUUUGGCUCUGGACCUGGCAGGCGCCAUGGCCGAGGGACACAAGUUCUACCGGUCCAGCAACGGCGUCCUGCUCACAGAGGGACCGCUGCCGAUCAGGUUCGUCACACAGGCGGAGCUACCAGAGGAGUGGAGGUGAACCUGAGUCAACUGAAGACGUCCUGA